AUGUCACCAAAGUUAAAUAAUGACGUGAUUAGGCAUAUAAUCAUAAAUGUGAUUGAACUAUCCAACUUUUCAUAUAGUAAAUAUAAUUCAGGAUAUUUAUAUAAUUGCAUCCGUGUUAAUCGUGAUUGGUGUAGAAUCAGCAUGCCUUUUCUAUGGACUCAGCCAUUCCAUUUCGAUGAAGAUAGAAGCAUAAAAAUAAUUAAAAUGUUUUUAAGAUUUUUAAAUGGUCAAGAAAAACAAGAAUUAUUAGAUCAUGGAAUGGAUAUCGAUUUAUUAAUAGAAGAAGAGGGACCCAUGUCAUUUCUUUUUGAAUAUCCGCGAUAUAUUCGAUCAUUAAAUUAUGAAUCUUUUGUACAAACAGUAAUCCGUUUAUGCAUUGAAUUAUCAGAUAAAUCUUCAACUUUCAAUUACGCAUCUGAACCAAACGCAGAUAUCAUUCUCGCCAAAAUUAUAAUGAGAUUAUUCAUAAGAUCCAAAGCCCAAUUAAAACAUCUUGCUUUAUAUGAUGAUUUACAAAACUUGGAAGUUGAUCUUGAACCGUAUUAUUCAUUAGUAGAUCCACAAGUCAAACCUUUAUUUGAAGGAUUAAAAAGUUUAGAAAUGAGCUUUGCUGCCAGAAAAAAUUUUUUAAUCAAAAUUUUAAAAGAAGUUUGCACUCAAGUGAUCACAUCUUUCAUAUCAGCACAACAAAAAUUAUUAACAUUUCGAUUAACAAAAUGCAAAGGAUAUACUCGCGUCUUCUUUACAGCACUAUCGUCACAUGCAUCAACAUUACAACAAAUCGCAUUCGAUCAAGUGGAUUUCAAAGGAUGCGGUUCAUGGGAAAUGUUAAAUCAUUGCAACUCGUUGGAAUUACUCGAUAUUUGUCAGUGUACGAAUAUCGAGCAAGAAAUGGUUCAGACUCUCAUAAAUCAUUUACAACCUUUGAAAAACCAACUUCUACACAAUCAAAAUUUAAAGUUGUUUGCGGAUAAUUUCCAAGCCAGAUACAUUGGAGCAAAACUCUGUGAAGAAUUAAGAGAAUGGUGCAGAGAAACCAAUCGCAUUCACAACAAUAUGUUGGAUUGA